CGCACGCAGCUCCAGCUCGGUGAGGGGGGAGUGUGGAGAGGCAGCGUAUGGUGAUUACCACGGGAAACAUCCGCCGUUAUGGGCCGGCGCUUGGACAUUUGUGAAAGAAGACCGCCUUUUCAAAUGUAACACGUCCACAGAUCACAAUCGUUGAGGAAAACAUUCAGUUGUAAUGUGAAAAUGUCUGAGCCGCAGAUCAUGUUACCGAAGCUUAUAACUGGCCCUUGGGGAUGACAAGGACUCCCCCCAUGCUGUGAUUAGGAUGGGGCCCGAUGUCCCCCUCCUAAAUGAGUACAAGCAGGAGUUCUUCUGGAAGCGCUUCCCUCAGACGGUGCUGGGGGGGCCCCGCUUCAAGCUGGGCUACUGCGCCCCGCCGUACAUCUACGUCAACCAGAUCAUCCUGUUCCUGACGCCAUGGGUGUUCGGCGGCGUGGGCACCCUGCUGUAUCAGCUGCAGCUGCUGGAGGAUUACUACGCGGCCGCGCUGUCCGGGGGGCUCAUGCUGGCGGCGGCGGCGGCGGUGCAGGCGGCAGCCCACCGGGCCGCGCGCAGGACGGCCGCGGUGGAGCGCCUGCACACGCCCAGCGUCCUGGCCGACGAGGAGGAGGUGGAGUUCGCCGGCUGUGCCAGCCCGGAGGCGGUCAAGUUCAUCGUGCCGGGGAAGAAGUUCGCCCUGAGCGCCGUGGCGCACACGGUGCUGGCCGGGGCCCUCUGCGGCCUGGGCACAUGGUACCUGCUCCUCAACCGGCUGACCGCGCUCUACGGCAGCACGGCGGCGGCCGUGAUCAUCUUCGUCCUCAGCUGGGUGACCCUCUGCAUCGGGGAGUACUCGCUCAUCAUCAACACGGCGGCCGAGACGGCCACCUUCCAGGCGCAGGACACCUACGAGAUAACGCCCCUCACCCGCCCGCUCUACAUCUUCACCUUCAUCGCUGUGGAUCUCGCCCAAAGAUUCGCAGGACCAGUGCCUGAGCUGCAGCAGACAAACCAGGUGCUCCAUGUCCUGUUCCUCUUCCUGCCGCUGCUGUGGGCACUGGGCAUGCUGUCUCCCUUGGAUGCCCUUCUCCUCUGGGGCAUGGAGCAGGUGCUGGUGUUCGGCCUGGGCGGCUCUCCCAUGUCAACCAAUCUCAGGCUUCUGGGGAUGUUCAUCGUGUCCGUGUCCGUGGCCGUUUCCGUCUUCUUCAUCCCCUCCACCCUGGGAGUGGUGCUCUUCACCGUCGCCAUGGGCUUCCUGCUCAGCCUGGACUUCAGCCAGAUGGGGGCGCUCCUGAGGUCGUGCGGGCCGGGGGGUCGGCACGCGGAGCCGUCCCGUGCGCUGGGCUGGCGGCUGGGCGGCAAGGAGCUGCUGCUUUACCUCGGCCUGCUGCUGGGGGCGCUGGCCGAGGCGGGGCUUCUCCAUCACUUCCUCCCCCCUCCCCUGAACUGGACCGCGGGACCCCAGGCCACCGUCAGCUACCUCCUGAUCGCCCUCUUCGCCCUCAGCUGGGCUCUCCGCGAGGUGCAAGGCGUCUACCUUUUCGGAGGGGUCUUCCACAACCCCUUGUACCCCAAGGAGACCACCAGCGUGAGGGUGUUCAAGCAACAGAGCAGGGGACUCCAGGUGGCUGGGAUGGUCAGAAGAGUGCUGGUCAAUCUGGUUUCGCCCUUCGCCAUGAUUGCCUUCCUCGCUGUGGACAGCUCCCUUCAGUGGCUGCACACCGCAUCCCUCUGCAUGGGCUUCACACGGGCUUUCAGAGCGGUGUGGCAGAGCACGGAGGACUCGCUGUUGCAGAUGGUGGUGGUGGCCAUAGUGAGGCUGGCGGCCAGGGGCGUGCGGUUGCUGUGGUGGGACAGCCUGGGCACAGGAGUCCAGCUCCUCCUGGUGAGCCUGAUCAGCGACCGCCUGGCGCAGUUCGCGUCCAAGCUGAAGUUCGCCCUGACGGUGCUGGUGACGUCCUGGACGGAGAAGAAGCAGCGGCGGCAGUCGGCGGGCACGCUCCUGGCCCUGAACGGCGUCCUCUUCCCCCUGCUGCUGGCCGUGCUGGCCCUGUCGGCAGCGCUCUCCGCCCCCCUGCUGCCCCUCUUCACCCUGCCCGUCUUCCUGGUGGGCUUCCCCAGGCCCCAGCGCAGCUGGCCGGGCCCCGUGGGCACCGCCUGCUCCUGCCCUGACUCCGUCUACUACCAGCAGAUGAGCGGCAGUCUGGCCUGCGCCCUGAGGACGGCCUUCGCCAGGGGAGCGCUGGGUUCCCCAACACCUGGAUCACACUUCCUUGGCCGUUUCCAGGACCGGGUUGUGUGGAUCUUGGUCCUAGAGAGAGGCUUUGGCUACUGCUCUUUGAACAUCAAGGGGCUGGAGCUGCAGGAGACGUCCUGCCACACAGCGGAGGCGCGGCGGGUUGACGAGGUGUUCGAGGCGGCGUUCGAGUCCCCCGAGGGGCUGGGCCGGGCGAGCGGCCUCAACCUGCACUGGGGCAACGUCCUGACGCCCUGCGCCGCGCUGCCCGUCCGUGUGUACUCGGAUGCCCGCAGCGUGCUGACGGGCAUCAUCGACUCGCACGACAACCUGCGCCAGUUCAAGGACGACUUCCUCAAGGUGCUGGCGUGGGCGCUGCUGCAGCACUGCGUCAAGCGGCGCAAGGCCUUCCCCGGCAGCGCGGGGGAGGAGGGCAGGAAGUCCCAGACGUCCCAGGCGCAGGCGUGCGCCGAGCCCAACGCGGUUACGUCCAAGAGCUCCUCGCAGAAACUGCGGCGCGAGAGCUCCAGCCUGAACUCCCUGGGCGACUGGUCGGACGAGGACGACCUGUUCGGCCCGCAGCCCCCGAGGCGGACAGCGGCGCAGGUGAACGCCGGGGCCCCGGGGGACCGCACGGUGCUGCACAUGGGCCCCUCCCUGCCCGGCUCCGUGGAGAUAGACAGCCUGUUCGGGGACGUGGCCCUCUCGGCCCUCAGGCCCCUCCAGCCCCUGGGCCUGGGGCUCCCGGCGGUGGACAAGGGCGCAGACCCCGAGGGACCCAAGUUCCCCGGGUCCGCCCUGCCCCCCGUGAACUUCAGCUCCCACCACUCAGAGCUGCUCAGCCUGCCCUCUCGGUGGCGGACCGCACCCUGGCCCCCGUCCCGCAUCCAGCAGCUGAGGCAGGCCUUCCCGGAGGAGUGGUUCCGCUUCGUCCUGGGCCGGAUGGAGCUGGCCGGGCAGGGCGAGUCUCCGGAGGAGGUGGCGGAGGCCCUGCGGGCGGACGAGGCGCUGAGGGAACUGUACGCCCAGGUGGUUCUGAGCUGCUUCAUCUCUCUCGGAGCCGAGUCCACCGUCACCAGCCCCAGCUACGUCUACAGGGUCUACUGCGGCGACGUACCCUGGAACGAAGGCUUGGACUGGCUCACAGCCAACACAGAGCUCUUCCAGCUUACGCUCAAAGCUUUCAGGUAUAGUUUUAAGCUGCUGUUUGACCAGGCCAGCCUGGGACCUGUGGAGAGUCCAGAAGAGCUCCUAAGCACCCUGGAGGACUACGGCCGGGACUGGUACAUUGGCCUUGUGUCCGAGAGGGGCUGGCAGGAGGCCGUCCUGCAAGAGAAGCCCUUCCUUUUCUCCCUGGGCCAUGACCUCACCAUGGGCACUUACACGGGCCGUGUGCUGAGCCUUCAGGAGAUGCUGGUGCAGGUGGGCCGUCUGAACCGGGAGGGGGUGCGCGGCCAGUGGGCAAACCUGUCCUGGGAGCUUCUGUACGCCACCAACGACGACGAGGAGCGCUACAGCAUCCAGGCCCACCCCGUCCUGCUGCGGAACCUGACCGUGCAGGCCGCGGACCCGCCCCUGGGGUACCCCAUCUACUCCUCCACCCCGCUCCACCUGCCCUGCUUCUGACCGCCUCCCGGUAGCAUAAGGCUCAAUGUUUCGUCCACCUGAUGAUCCACGCAUGCUCACUGACUACAGGGGGACACACCAGCGGAGCGUCUGGUUAUUUAAUAUGAGCAAUUCUCAGCAAACGCAAAGUGGUAACAGUAGUGUUUGUGUGGGGGGAAAAAAAGACGUCGUUAUGUCAUGGAAACUAAACAGACAAGUCUUUACAGUGAUAUGGAAGACUUGGGAAUAUCCGUCAGGUGGUGAGAACACGCAAGCAUAUCUGUGUCGAGACAACCGCAAUACCAUGUUUUCGCCUCUCUUGCUCAACACGAUCAAACCUCCACUGCAUGGCUCCCAGCAAAACCAGCACCUGCCAUCUAUUCCAGCUCUUUCACUACAUGUGUGUUUUCUGAAACUACUCCACUGAAACUACAACCACAGAAGUCAUA